AUGCUUUGUGUGGCACUGCUCAAGAUCGUGGAUGAAGGCAAAAGUUUCGCCAUUCUUCACGCCGUCAUCAGUUGUCACUUACCUCUGUGGGAGGUGACAGCAGUAAGCCAACUACAUUAUCUCCAAAGAGUGAAUGACGUCACUGUUUUCCUAGCAAAAGAUGGAUUACCAUUUGGACGAUGCGAUACCUUACGACACUUCAAAAGGGGAUAUUCGAUUCCUAAAGGGGAUAGACUCGAGCGCAAGUACGAUGCAUAUGGCUUGCCAUUGGGUUUGCAAAUAUGGAUAUACGAGACUGUUCCCAUAUUGGCUGGCCGCUCUCCCGACGAUCCUGAGGUUGAAGUUCUCACUGAGUUGACACCAUCGAUAGAAGAGGAGGGUCAGAGUUACAUGCGUUGCCUGUCUAUUUCGGCCGCGUCAGAUGAUCAGAAGCCCGAGUCCAUCAUUGAUCGGGAUAGGGAGUGCCGUCCAGUAUCACCUCCACCACGGAGAUCACCUCCGUCGUCGUGGGCCUCACCGCCGCUGAGGGCCUCACCGGUGUCGUGGGCCUCACCGCCGCCGAUGGCAUCACCACCACCGAUCAGCCAUUCUACGGGAUACGAUGACGGCGAGACAAGGAGUAUUGGGCGACUGUGCUAUAUUCGCGAAAUUGUAGAAGGAAAGAUGUUGGAAGUGAAGAGCUUAAAGAAGACAGUGGUUCCUAAAUCCCUCUUCGACCAUCCGUCUCCUGCCAAUCUCCAGUCCACUCGUCUUGCCCUCCAUAUUGAUGGAGAUGAUUCUUCUUGCUGGGUUUACAUUGCUUCUGGUUCCCGCAUUUACAAACUUCUGAUUUCGAUGGAAGAUUCUUUGGUUGGUCGAGGAAAAGAGAGUCUCCUAAUCCCUGAACAAACUCAGGUUCUGGACUCAGCAUUGGUGAAACGCUGCCCUCAUCGAUCCGAAAUUCAGAGUAUAGUGCUUGUUGAAAGUGAAAGCUUGGGUCGCUCGUUAUUGGGAAGCGUGGACUCUUAUGGUCAUCUUAUUGUUUCUCAAUUGGAUUCUAGUGGCGCAGAUGUUGACGGGCUUAGUUUUUCGGUGUCACCUCGAGAUUAUGGUGUUGGAGAAGGCAGUUGGACAGGACUUUGUUUUAAUCCAAAUCAAUGGUUCACGGCAGCUGUGGCUCGCAGCUUCUGCAAAAGUAUUGAUGUUUACGACCAAGAUAUUCAUCUCCAAACUUUACGUUUAUUGUGGUAUCCAACUUCACUGAAUUUUAUGCAGAAUAUCAGUGGAAGUGAUAGUUCUCUAUUAGCCGUCACAGAAGGUUCCCAGUUAAGUAUAUGGGACUUGCGAAUGAAAGAAAAUGGUGGCUGUGUGCAUAGAAUAUGCGGAUCUGUUGGGGAUGUCUUAUAUGCAGUCUGUAAUUCUUCAUGUGGUAAUAUUGCAGCUGCUGGAGCUGAUCGCACUGUGACUGUUUAUGAUCCUCGCAGAUGGGCAGCAUUGUCUAGAUGGCUGAACUGCUCAAAGUAUGAGAUAACUGGACUUGCUUUUUCAUCACUUGACCCUGACUACAUUUAUGUGCAAGGAGUAGAUUAUGAGGUUCUAUGUGGACAAUGGAAACAAAGCAAGAAGGCAUUUUCAUUUAGAGGAGAUUCAAACUGGCUUGGAUUUAGUAAGUGUUCCAAUAGAGAUGUUGUGGGGGGAUGGUGUGAUUCAGGUAGCAUAUUUAUUGCUGACGUGUCACGAGAUAAUGGAAUUGGCUCGUAG